AUGACGGAUCCUUCUGCCGAUUCGAUGUCACAAGCCUUUCAGAGUAGUAGCUAUAGGCUCUCGAGUAUCGGCCUCGGCUCAUAUUCGGAAUAUCGAGACGAAAAUCUGGCAUUCGACUUGAGUUCACUGGGCCUUGUUCAAUACUCUACAUCGAUCGUCUCUGAUCACUCCACAUUCGUCUUUGAUGAGCACCAGUCCCACGAUCAAGGGCUCAACAGCAUUCUAGAGGAAAUUUGCUUGGCUUUUAAGUCUUUACAUGAGAACCUACAGCUAAACGACUCUUCAUACACCGAACCAUUCGACAUCGAAUUUGCACGAUCGGUUUUCACGGUGAAAAACGCAAGAACAUUCUUAUCAGCAUACUUUACGCAAACAUAUGCCGAGUUCCCCCUCGUUCACGGACCAACCUUUGCCAUUCACACUGCUCCCAAGUCAUUGCUGUUGGCGCUCAUGCUUUCCGGCGCCUUACGUUCGCCGCCUCAGGACGACACUUUCGCUAUCCGUGGCUUUUUCUACAUCUCCGAAGAGUACAUAUUCGGGCAUCUCAAGGCGACUUUGCAAGAGCGCGGUCCUCUCGAGAUCACCAAUGACUUACUCCAAGCCUUGGUGGCCACCCAACAAAUGAUGAUUGUCCAGUCCAUGAUGAACGAGAGACGUACGCGGCGUCGCCUGCUGUCUCAACGACUGCCCAUUCUCGUGUCAGUCGUACGGGAGCUCGGGCUUGCCCGCGUCAGACACCCUUCCGGAAGACCAGCUGGGUCCUGGCACGAAUUCAUUCAUCGAGAAAGCUGCAUCAGGGUUGGUUGCUGGACUGCCUUGGCUACCUGGAAUGUUUGCCUCAUGCUCAACAUGCCCGGGCCUCUGAUAACGCCUUCAGAAUUAACCUGCAAUCUGCAGUGUGCUCCCGAAUUAUGGGACGCCAAGGACGAGGAAGCAUUCCAUGUUGCCUGCGAUGAUCUUGAAUUCCAUCAUUCGCUGGAAUCUGCCUCCCCAGCAUAUCUGGUCUCGACGUUGAUGGGGGAAGAGUGGCCAGGACCUACGGGGGCCCCCUUCAAGCACGUCCCACUGUCUGGUCUUCAGCAGUCGUUGAUGGGUGAGUUUGCAGCAAGACAGAACUUCUCUUUUGCAUAUGACUCACUGUUCCUACCUAGCCUUGAUCACGAUGAUUACCUCAGCGCGACACAUGUCUCUCUUGUCUUGUUCUGCCCAAGCUCUACUCCGCGCCAUCUCGCGAUGGCAAGAAGUCUGGAGACUGGCAACUGA